AGGCACAUGAUCCACGCUGCGUGAUGAUCAUCAGAUCCACGCACAGCCGCCAGUGGAAUUGUAGUAGUAGUAGUUUUCUCUCCUUUUCUUUCAUGGAUUCGCCUUUUCUCUGGAAUAUUGCUCUGUCCCGUCGCGAGUGAAUCCUGAGAGGGGAAGUCUCCUGGCGGGAGGCAAGAUGGCGUCAAACCACAUCCUGCGCAGUUACUCCAUCAUCCCAUGUUUCAUCUUCGUAGAGCUGGUCAUCAUGUCUGGCACAGUGCUGCUGGCCUACUACAUGGAGUGUACCCACCUCUUCAGUGUGCACCUGCAGGGCUUCUUCUGUAACGAUGCAGACCUGAUGAAACCUUACCCUGGGACCGACCAGUCCAGCUUCGUCCCUCCCCUCAUCUUGUACUGUGUGCUGGCUGCUGCUCCAACUGCUAUCAUUGUGGUGGGUGAGGUGUCCAUGUACACCAUGAAGUCCACCAGGGAGUCCCUGCUGGCCCAGGAGAAGACCAUCGUCACUGGCGACUGUUGUUACCUCAACCCUCUCAUCCGCCGCAUCAUCCGCUUCAUCGGCGUGUUUGCGUUUGGCCUCUUCGCCACGGACAUCUUUGUCAACGCAGGCCAGGUGGUCACAGGCGGUCUGUCGCCCUACUUCCUGUCAGUGUGCAAACCCAACUACACCGGCACAGAGUGUCGACUCAACCACCAGUUUAUCGUCAACGGCAACAUCUGCACUGGAAACCCCGUCAUUGUGGAGAACGCUCGCCGAUCUUUCCCGUCCAAAGACGCCUCGCUGAGUGUUUACUCUGCUGUUUACCUGACGAUGUACAUUACCAGUACCAUCAAGACCAAGUCCAGCCGCCUGGCCAAGCCCGUGUUGUGUCUGGGCACGCUUUGCUCAGCUUUCCUUACUGGACUCAACCGCGUAUCAGAAUACCGCAACCACUGUUCAGACGUCGUUGCUGGAUUUAUACUUGGAUCGGCAGUCGCACUCUUUCUGGGUGUGUGCGUGGUGAACAACUUCAAAGGCGUCCAUGGUGCGGCCACUAAACAGAAGAGCGAAGACUACCGUGGCCUCCCCCUGAUGACGUUCCCCCGCGUGGAGAGUCCUCUGGAGACCCUCAGUGCACAGAACCACUCGGCGUCAAUGACGGAGGUCACAUGACUAAGGGGGCAGCACCGGGUCACGUUUGCGUCUCCACAGCACUUCCAGACACAAUGACAAGGACGCAUGUGGCGUGGCUUCGAUUGCUUAACAAAACCAAACACUGAUGUAUUGUCUCCUUCACGCCCGGGCGGGGCAAAGUCCAACAUGUUUGUGAUGGUUGACGUCGGGCUUCGGUAUUCCAAACAAGCACAGAUUGUUUCUCCAUUCAAGUCAUUGCCACGCGGGAGGUGUUCUGUUUUCAGUUCAACGAUGGUGUUUUUGCACAUUUUUGUAUGAGCAAUGGCUGUAACCCACCUGCACACCUCUGUGUUACAUCACAUCCUGUCAGGUGACUCUCCUCUGUUGUCUCUCUCCUGCGCCCCCGAGUCUGAAAAUGUACAAUUAGCAACGUUGAUGUUGUCAUUCUGUGAUGUUUGUCAUUUGUACAGAAAAAAAUGCAAUUGUUCUUUUUAUGAUGGCUGUGUAUGAAUUGACCUUGUCAGGUCGGAUUUUGUAAAGAUUUUUGUUAAUCUGUUCAAUAACGAUCCUUUUGGACCCGUUUGCCUGCUGUAAACUUUGAUAUGUUUUGGUAUCAUAAUCCUACACACGAGCGCUGGAUUAUAAAACACAUUCAGCUCCUGUACUGUAUGUCUACAGGUCCUGGUAACCUGCAAAGGUUGAAUCGAGUUAACUGGACUACUCUUGUUUGUUGGCAAAACAACUCGUUAGAGGCCACUCUUCCAUGGAAUGAGACCUUCUUUGGGGGAGAUGUCAGCACAUUAGACAAACAGAGAGGUCGUUGUGGUCGGACAUGACUGGUUGCAUGCCUUAUUGGCGGCAAAACCACUUGUUAGUGACCACUCUUCCCACAGAACGAGACCGUAUUUGGGGGAGAUAUCAGCACAUUAGACAAACCCAACACACAUCACACAACUCUCCGGCAAAGAUUGUCUCAAUCCAUGGAAGGAGUGGCCAUUGACGAGCUGUGGACAUUCUUCACAGUGUGGAAUGAGACAUUCUUUGGGGAACAAAUCCCUCCUGCAUAGAUUGUCUCAUUCAACAGGAAGUGUGGCCACUGACAAGCUUUUUCACCACCAAGAAAACUCAUUUGUGGACUUGUCAGUGGACAUUCUUCCGAGUGUGGAAAGAGACAUUCUUUUGGUAAGAGAUGUCAGCACAUUAGAGAAACAAAUCUCUCCCGCAAAGAUUGUCUCGUUCCAUAGAAAGAGUGGCCAAAGAUGAUCUGUUUUGGCGAACCCAUUGGUGGCAAAACCACUUGUUAGUGACCACUCCUCCCACAGAACGAGACCGUAUUUGGGGGAGAUGUCAGCACAUUAGACAAACCCAACACACAUCACACAACUCUCCCGCAAAGAUUGUCUCAAGCCAUGGAAAGAGUGGCCAUUGACGAGCUGUGGACAUUCUUCACAGUGUGGAAUGAGACAUUCUUUGGGGAACAAAUCCCUCCUGCAUAGAUUGUCUCAUUCAACAGGAAGUGUGGCCACUAACAAGCUCUUUCACCACCAAGAAAACUCAUUUGUGGACUUGUCAGUGGACAUUCUUCCGAGUGUGGAAAGAGACAUUCUUUUGGUAAGAGAUGUCAGCACAUUAGAGAAACAACUCUCUCCCGCAAAGAUUGUCUCGUUCCAUAGAAAGGGUGGCCAAAGAUGAUCUGUUUUGGCAAACCCAUUGGCGGCAAAACCACUUGUUAGUGACCACUCUUCCCACAGAACGAGACCGUAUUUGGGGGAGAUAUCAGCACAUUAGACAAACCCAACACACAUCACACAACUCUCCCGCAAAGAUUGUCUCAAUCCAUGGAAAGAGUGGCCAUUGACGAGCUGUGGACAUUCUUCACAGUGUGGAAUGAGACAUUCUUUGGGGGAAAAAAUCCCUCCUGCAUAGAUUGUCUCAUUCAACAGGAAGUGUGGCCACUGACAAGCUUUUUCACCACCAAGAAAACUCAUUUGUGGACUUGUCAGUGGACAUUCUUCCUAGUGUGGAAAGAGACAUUCUUUUGGUAAGAGAUGUCAGCACAUUAGAGAAACAACUCUCUCCCGCAAAGAUUGUCUCGUUCCAUAGAAAGGGUGGCCAAAGAUGAUCUGUUUUGGCAAACCCAUUGGCGGCAAAACCACUUGUUAGUGACCACUCUUCCCACAGAACGAGACCGUAUUUGGGGGAGAUAUCAGCACAUUAGACAAACCCAACACACAUCACACAACUCUCCCGCAAAGAUUGUCUCAAUCCAUGGAAAGAGUGGCCAUUGACGAGCUGUGGACAUUCUUCACAGUGUGGAAUGAGACAUUCUUUGGGGAACAAAUCCCUCCUGCAUAGAUUGUCUCAUUCAACAGGAAGUGUGGCCACUGACAAGCUUUUUCACCACCAAGAAAACUCAUUUGUGGACUUGUCAGUGGACAUUCGUCCUAGUGUGGAAUGAGACAUUCUUUCGGUAAGAGAUGUCAGCACAUUAGAGAAACAAAUCUCUCCCGCAAAGAUUGUCUGUGGCCAAAGAUGAUCUGUUUUGGCGAACCCAUUGGUGGCAAAACAACUUGUUAUUGGCCGUUCUUCCUCGAGAUAGAGAUGCGUUUUGUCUAAUGUCUUGACAUCUCUGCCCCAAAUAUUGUAUCAUUCCACACCAGGAAGUGACCACCCUUCCCAGAGAAAUGUCAGGACAUUAGACAAACACAUGUCUCGUUACACCCUAAUAAAAAUGGCCACUUACAAGUUGUUUUUAUUUCAUGUCCUGACAUCUUUUGUCACAAAUUGUCUCGUUCCAAGCGAUAAUUAGCCACUAACAAGUUGUUUUUCCCACCAAUUGGUUAUACGCCUUCCUGGUGUCGGUGGUCACUCUUAUCAUGGAAUGAGACAAUCUUUAGUGACGAGAUGUUUGUUUAACGUGUUAAUAUCUCUUUCUCAUAUAUUGUCUCGUUCCACACCAGUAAGAAUGACCACUAACGAGCUGCUUUGCCACCAAUGAGUUAUACAUCUUCCUGAUGGCAUGGUAGCGUGUCAGUGGCCACUCCUGUGGAAUAAGACAUUGUUUGGGGGGGAGGGGAUUUAUUUGUUUAAUGUCCUAACAUCUCCCCCAAAAAAGGUCUCAUUCCACACUAGGAAGAAUGGCCACUAACAAGUUGUUUUGCCUCCUAAGUAGCAAAACAGCUGGUCAGUGGCCACUCUUCCCGUGUAAUGAGACAAUCUUUGGGCGAGAGGUGUCAGGAUGUUAGGCUCCAAAGUUGUUUUACUGACUGUCAGGAUGCUCGUUCACCUGCCACGCCAUACCAUCUCUUAUGGUGACCACGCCCAGGAGACACACCCACUCCACACAUAAAUACGGAAUCUUCAUACCUAAAAUUCCGAGCAGUAGAAACAUUUUGGGUGAAACGUAAAAUGUCUUUAGCAAACAAAAAGAGUCCAGUUGCUUCAAUUCAAUGAUCUACUCUGUUUUUUUUUUUUUUCUUGAGGGCAAAUUCUCUUCAAAGUGUUUGUGUUGGGCUAGCGUUAGCUUGUAGCACAACACUCCAUUUAAAUCCUGCUCCACAGAAACAUCAAAUACACUUUUUGUGUUUGCUAGAUUAUUUUAUGUCAUGUGCCAACAAAUGUUAAACCGUUGGGAAGCGUUUUUAUUCACCUUUUAAAUAAUGUCCCGUUGUAAGGAACAUCCAUUUAUGGAAAGAACAGCACAUUUGUAAAAUUGUCGCUCUUGACUCUUGCUUUGUGUUUUCUGGAGGAUUGUUGUCUAACAACCAAUCAGACGUCUUAGCAGAAAGCACACAAUAACCUGCUGUGGGGUGGCCUUCCACUCCUCAACAGGAAGUGUCACAAGUCAAUCAACAUGAUUGUCGAGCAUGAAAAGUGGAUUUUGAGUUUAAGGCUUGACAGUUGGCAGACUACUACAUUUUGUACAAGCACAUGUUGUGGUGUCUGAAGACUAGCGUUGGCAGGUUGAGAAGGACUAAGGACUAAGAUUGUAGUCGUCCUGCUGGUGUGUGCAAGACAACACUUCAGUGUUUCCACUUCACAUCAAGAGCAGACAACAAGUGUCAAUCUAUU